UCCAGGAAACAUGAGCAUUUAUAGUUUUCUAUUAACGCUGCUUGUAUCUACUGGAAAUCCAGUUUUCUCAGAGGAAGACUUUUACGAGGUCAAAGCAUGCUGUUCAUUCAAUGGUCCAAACUUGAACAAUACUGAAUACAUACUUGUAGCUAGUUUUAACAAGCAGAAAAUGAUGCAGUACAACAGCACAAGAGGAUACUGGAUUGGAUUCACAGAAUAUUCAAUUGUGGCUUCACAUUACUGGAACAGUGACCCUAUUGAUGCGCUUGAAAGAGCAACGGAAAAGACACUUUUGUGUAUCGGGAAUGUACACUUUAUCCAGGCCAUAGGAAACCUGUCAACAACACCUACUAUUAGGCUAAAAUCAGUCAAACAGCCUUAUGGCCAACACACAUCCAUGCUUGUGUGCAGCGCUUAUAACUUUUACCCAAAGCAAAUCCAUAUAACCUGGCUGCAAAAUGACCAAGAAGUGACUGAGGGUGUCACUUACUCAGACGUGAUUCCUGAUGGAGAGAUGUACUAUCAGUAUCAUUCUUUCCUGGAGUACACCCCGACCUCAGGAGAAAAAAUCAGCUGCACGGUUGAACAUUUCACCCUGUUUGAGCCAAAGACAGUCGUUUGGACCGACUCCCUACCUGAGGAAGAAAAAACUCAGAUUGUUGUUGGACUGUGUGGACUGGUGCUUGGUUUGGCUAUGCUGACCUCUGGAUUUAUUUACUAUAGGAAAAAGUCUGCAGUAUACAACUCUCUCUCCCAAGAACCAGCUGCGACUCCUGCGGAGAACAUUCCUGAUUUGUGAGCCUUUUAGUAGCUCAAACGGAAACUAAAGAAAAGGUCCUCCUUGAUGUUCUGCGAAUAUGGAAUAUAUGGGAUUUUAAAUCUUGGGGAUAAUACACAAGUUUUACAUAUUUAGUAGUUUAUGACAGUUUAUAUUUGUUAAGUGUAUGCUACUAAUUAGGAUUUUUAUAGCUGGAUUUGAUUAAGAUAUCUUUUGUUUUUUUCUGUGUGAUGGCUGCAUGGUCACAGUUGUUAACACUGUUGCCUUGCAGCAAAAAGGUUCUUUGUUCAAUAUUUGGCCUGGGGUCUUUCUACAAGGAGUUUGCUGGUUCUCUCCUUGAAGGAGUGGGUUUUCGCUCUUCAAACUCCAGCUUCCUCCCACAAUCCAAAAACCUGUUAGGUUUACUGCUUUUUCUAAAUUUCCAGACACACUCAUUAGCUAUAAGUGUGUGUGUAGACGUGGUUGCCUAUCUUAUGUGUCUCCAUGUUUCCCUGUUAUGGACUGACGACCUUUCCAACACAGGUGCCUCUCACCCAAUGACCCCUUUACAAAUAUCCACAAAUAAGAACAAUUAUUCCCAUGUGCCUUUACAAUUAAGUAUUAAUAAAUAAAUCUCUAAGUAAUAUGUACAACUGGAAAUAUACAAUAAAUGGGAGCUUUUUAGUCAUUUUGUUUGUUAAAAGGUAUCACGUGUGUUGCUGUGUAUGGUGUUUCUGGGGAAACAUUUUCACCAAACGCCUGACAGAUAUCAACUAGAAAACACUUCCUGUUGGCCAGUACAACAGAAUUACAGCAUAUCUAUGAGGAAUUCAAGCCAAGUUCAAGUUUCAGCAUUCUUUUACCAGU